GACAAUGCAAAUCUUAAUAUUUACCAUCACAUUCAAUUUAUUGAGCCAAGAACAAAGACUUGUAACUUUCUUAUAUUUUGACUUUUCUUUGUUAAUGUAAUCAAGGCAUGACAAGCAUGUUGGUAAGCUUUCCAUAUAUAUUCUCUUGUUAAUUUCAAGAUAAAUGCAUAAAAAUUAGAUCAAGAUGAUAUUCCUGUUGUUCUUCCUUGGAGCAAUCUCUCUUUUCUUUCUCUUUGUAAAACAUAGAAAAAAUGAACCAAUUAAUCCACCGCCUGGACCAAAAGGACUUCCAAUUAUUGGAAAUCUUCACCAAUUUGAUCCUUCAAAACCUGCUCAUCUUUACUUUGCCAAGCUAGCCAAAAUCUAUGGCCCAAUCUUAAGUUUACGACUCGGCCAACGAACAAUGGUGGUGAUUCAAUCAGCAAAGGUGGCUAAACAAGUUCUGCAAGCACCACAUAAUAACUUUUGUAACAGAUUAAUAACGGCUGGUGCACAAAGGCUAAGUUACAAUGGGUUAGAUGUAGUUUUUGCUCCAUAUGGUGAUUAUUAUAGAGAAGUUAAGAAACUAUUUGUUGUUCAUGUUUUAAGUACUAAGAGAGUUCAAUCUUUUACUCCAAUUCGACAAGAAGAAGUUUCAAGAAUUGUUCGAAAGAUUUCAACUCUGUCUUCUGAUUCUAAAGUUGUGAAUUUGAGCGAAUUGGCUGUUAGUUAUACAACGUCUAUCCUUUGCAGGAUCGCUUUCAGUAAAAGGUACGAGGAUGACGAAACGUCAAGGAGCAGAUUUCAUAACCUUCUAAAUGAAGCUCAAGCUAUGUUUGCAGGCUUUUUCUUUGUUGAUCAUUUUCCUUUAGUUGGCCACUGGGUUGAUAAACUAGCUGGAAAAUACUCUAGACUUGAGAAGACCUUUAAGAAAUUGGAAGAUUUUUAUGAAGAGAUCAUCAAUGAUCAUCGCAACAAGCCUAAAUCUGCGCAAGAGGAUAUAAUUGACAUUUUACUCAAUCUCAAGAAUGAGGGUUCUUUUGCAUUUGAGCUCACAAUGGACCACAUCAAAGCAACAUUAAUGGAUAUGUUCGUAGCAGGAACCGAUACAAUGACAGCCAUGAUAGUAUGGGUAAUGACUGAACUAGCGAGAAAUCCUGAUGUAAUGGAGAAAGUCCAACAAGAACUUCGAAAUGCAAUUCAAAACAAAGGUUAUGUUGAAGAAGAUGAUCUCUCAAAUCUCGAAUACUUCAAAGCAGUAGUGAAAGAAACAUUCAGAUUGCAUCCUCCAGGUCCAAUACUAAUUCCCCGAGAAUCAUUAGAAAAGAACACCAUAGAAGGAUAUGAUAUUUUGCCCAACACUAUAAUAUCCCUCAACUUAUGGGCUAUUGGAAGAGACCCCGAAUUUUGGGAUGAUCCAGAUUCCUAUAAACCUGAAAGAUUUCUUGGAAGUUCAGUGAAUUUUUUAGGGCAUGAUUUCCAGUUUAUUCCUUUUGGGUCUGGGAAAAGAGUUUGCCCUGGAUUGAAUCUUGGUGUUGCUGUUUUAGAGCUUUUAGUUGCUAAUUUGAUAUACUCUUUUGAUUGGGAACUUCCUAAGGGUCUAAAAAAGGAAGACAUAGAUACAGAUGUGCAACAUGGUGUUGUUAUGCAUAAGAAAAAUCCACUCUGUCUAGUGGCAAAACCAAUUUCAUAAGGGAGCUUUUAUGUAUGUACGUAGUAUAUGAUCACUUGUAACAGAAUUUUAACGAUAUGCUUCAUCGUCUUUUUCACGAUCAUAUGCUCGAAAAUAUACUCAAUAAAAUCGUAGCAGUCAGUAGUUCCAAUUGAUCUUAAAA